AUGCCUCCCCACCUUGCUUCCGCCGACGCUAGCGCCCUGUACUUAGCACUAAACAGCUUUUGUCUAGCAAUCUGGACCGUGCUGAUGGAACGCAUCUCCCGCUACGCAGGAGAGUAUUUUCCAGCUCAGACCAUCAGGGACGCAAUAGACGACAUGCUGCAGCCCGAGGUUCGUGCAUACGCCCAACUCCAAGAGCUUGAGCGGUCCGGCUGCGAUAAACAGGAUGCAGUCUUUCUCCACACGAUUGCCACGAUGGAAUAUCAACUCAUCCUGUUGCUGAUCAGACUGGCCAAGGCUGAAACCUGCCUCAUCUCCUUCGAAAGAAAUCUCAUCCCAACCGACGGCCUUUCGCGCCGUCUGGACGUCACUGUGAGCAGAAUGGUUCGCGCGGAAACGAGAUCCCAGCUUUUCCGGGCCUUCCAAAGGGUUACCAGCUCCAGAUUAGCCGGUAUUGACUACAGACGGGAUAUCUUGUACCACGAUGACGACGAGGAGGACCAGCAGGACGAGGAGGAUGAGCAGCACGAAGCCCUGCUGGCUUGGGGGCUUUACGACAUGGGACUGAACACCACAGACGGAGAUAUAUGCCCAAUAUGUCAAGAGAGCCUUGCCGGAGAACCAGACGUUGAGGACGUUGAGACGAACCAUCCAGUGCUCAUCGUCUCCAACGACCUGCGCGACUGCUUCGAUCUCCAGCACAAAGCUUUACCGUCUUCAUUGCUUUGCGGACUACCGCCAGCAUCAACGGCCCAAAACAUUGUCACAGGGCGACCACCUUCACCACCUCAUUCAACAGACGGCCAUUACCACAUGAGCGACAAUAACCGAAGCAACCCACGAGCCACCCCUGUUCCAGAGCCUUUCACACCGCCUAUGCACGGAAGGUCAAUCAUGUCAGAAAUUGGACCGCCGCCACCCUUCGAUGCGUAUGGUGACCCAUCCCUCUAUCAUACAGCACCAACUCCUGUCUAUUACACACCACCAAGAGCGACGAUCACCUCCGUACCCUCGCACACCCGUCCCCAAGCCAUGGCCGAACAUGGGAUUCACACCCGCAGCGGUCGAGCGCUUGGUACACCGUCGAGCCCAGGCUCAAGGACUGAUUCCAGCCAUGUCUCUCCUUCGCCACAGAGUCGACCCAGGCGGAAUCUGAAGAAAAAGCCGAAUAAAAAAGGAGGUCCAGUCAUCGAACAACCGCUCAGCGAGUUGACUAAAGACUACAAAACACCAGUGAGAGACAUGUCGGUGUGGGCGAACCGUCCGGUAGAGGAAAGAAUGGCAGAGGUCGACAGAAAGAAGGGAUACAUCUCAAGACCGAUGAACUCCUUCAUGCUGUACCGAUCCGCGUACGCAGAUCGGGUGAAGCAGUUCUGCAAGGAGAACAAUCACCAGGUCGUUUCGCAAGUGACAGGAGCAAGCUGGCCAUUGGAACCAAAAGAAAUCAGGCAGUUCUAUGAGCAGUUAGCCAACACCGAACGGGACAACCAUCAAGCAGCCCAUCCGAACUACAAGUUCGCACCCAACAAGGCCGGGAAGAGAACCAGACGUGAUGACGAUGGCAGCGACAGUGAUGGUGAAUGGGAAGGCUCGACCAAGAGUUCCAAGCGCAGUCGCCAAUAUGACAGCAGGAGCGCAUCAUCGACUCCUUUCGACGAGGGAGCCGCCCGGUACGCCUAUCCCAUGCCCGCAAGCAACCUCUCCGCGUACGAGAUGAGCAAUCCAUACGGACAAGUGCCCGUAAUCGUCGGACCAUACGGCAUGUCUGGCGAAUAUUACCAGACGACAACCGCACCGUAUGCUGGUCAAGUCAGCGACAUCAAGUUUCAGAUGUUGGACGAUCCUUUUCCACAGUAUCAGACGACCAUGGGACUCGUUGGCAUGCCCCACGCUGGGCAUCAUGAGCUGUUGACAUCGCAUCCUGCUCCGGCAGUGUCAAUCCAAGGUGACAUUCUGGACCCUCGACUGGGACAGUCGGAGUCGGACUUCCAUUUUGGAUACUAUGAAAGUGGCAUGAAUCUACCUCAGGAUGGUCCAAGGGCCAUCACAUAUGAACAUGCUCAGCCGGUGGGAUAUCACCAGGAAGCUUACCAUCCAGGAUUGGUCACGUUGACGGAAGAACAUGAUUAUGCAGGCUCUGACUUUGAAGCGGAGUUCCAGAGGAUGGUUUGA